AUGCCCAUCGCUCAACUCUCAAUAUUUGGUUGGCUAGUGCUUGGUCCAGUCAGCUUGUCACCAUUACAAAUGUCGACUGCGCAUCACAUCAAGGUUAACCAGUACGAUCUCGAUCUUCAAGAAUUGCUGACAAGGUUCUGGGUGCAAGAAGAGCUACCAACUGAUGCAGCAGACCAGCUUACCUUGGAAGAACAACAAUGUGAAGAUCAUUACAAGGCCACACACUCUAGAGAUCCAACGGGACGAUACAUUGUACGCAUCCCGCUCAAGCUUCCAACCAGUUUCUUAGGGAAUUCACACAAUACUGCUCAUCAUUGUCUCCAGCGCAUUCUCAGACGACUCAACAAGGACAAGGAAUAUCAGAGCCUCUACACCAAAUUCAUAAGCGAGUAUGAACAACUCAAGCACAUGGUGAAAGUUGGAUCACAACCAUCAUCCGAUGUUCCCCCAUAUUACUUGCCUCACCAUGGUGUGCUCAAACCCGACAGUACAACAACAAAACUGCGGGUUGUCUUUAAUGGCUCAAGUCCAACCUCAUCAGGAUUAUCUGUAAACGAUCUCAUGCACACUGGUGCAAAUCUAUUGCUCAAUGUUUCAGACGUUCUCUUGUGGAUUCGUAGUUACAGGUACAUCUUUGCCACAGACAUAACAAAGAUGUAUCGACAAAUCAAGGUACACCACUCAGACUGGGAUCUGCAGCGCAUUCUGUGGAUCGACGAGCAUCACAAUGAAACAUCAUAUCAUCUCACCACGGUCACUUAUGGAACGAAGGCUGCUCCAUUUCUCGCAGUAAGGACACUCAUGCAACUGGCCGAAGAUGAAGGCCAUCGAUUUCCACUGGCAGUGCCAUCAAUCACUCGUGGGAGGUACGUGGAUGAUAUUUUUGGUGGUGGUGACACAGGAGAACAGCUCAUAGAAAUUGCCCAUCAAUUAGAAGAUCUCUGCCAGGCGGGCGGAUUCCCUCUUGCCAAAUGGCACUCCAAUCAUCCAGAAUUGUUAAACGCCAUCUCAUUGACAGUCUCGAUCAACUCACCAGUCUCACUUGACGAUUGCGCAACCAAAAUCCUCGGAUUAAAGUGGCUGCCUCAAGAAGAUGUUUUCACAUUCUCAACAAGCUCAAUUUCUCACCAAGAACAGCUCACCAAGCGACGUGUACUAUCUGAAGUGGCACAGAUAUUUGAUCCACUUGGUUUUGUCUCACCAAUCGUAAUAAGAGCCAAGAUGCUUCUUCAAGAACUCUGGCUCCACAAGAUCAACUGGGAUGAACCGUUACCAUCUCAAGUUGUCUCAAGGUGGCUCAACAUCAGAAAAGAUCUCACAAGCCUGGCCAGGCUCUCAAUUCCACGCUGGUUCAACACAAGCAGUGACUCAACGGUUGAACUACAUGGCUUUUCUGAUGCAUCUCAAUUUGCCAUGGCUGCAGUCGUAUACAUGGUCGUGCACACGCCGUCCAAGGGCGCCAAAACUUCUCUCAUAUGCUCAAGAACAAAGGUAACUCCAUUGAAGAGGCUCACUAUCCCAAGGCUAGAACUCACAGCAGCGCUGCUUCUUUCAAAAUUGGUGAAAUAUGUCCAUGCCACACUCAAAAUGGACAUCGAGGAAACAUAUUUAUGGACGGACUCUCAAGUGACGCUCACAUGGAUCAAAACACACUCAUCUCGAUGGAAGGAUUAUGUGCGCAAUAGGGUAUCACAAAUCCAAGAACUCACGACACAUGCUCAUUGGAAAUUUGUUCCAGGUACAAUCAAUCCGGUUGACUGUGCAUCUCGUGGUGUAACAACAGCUCAACUUGAAGAUCAUACCUUGUGGUGGGCAGGACCACCAUGGUUGGCUCAACCGAAAGAUCGCUGGCCCGCUCAGCCAACGUGCUCGGACGAGCAGUGUACAACAGAAUCGCGCCUAGGAGUGUCACUCUUCACAACUAACAUGAAGGUGGAUUACGACUGGGAUCUCAUCUACAAGUAUUCAUCGCUCAAUCGACUGCUCAGAAUCACAGCUCUCUGUCAGGUAUUUAUUCGACGAAUGAGAAAUCGACAAGAUAGCCCUCAAGCCUCACACAUCUCAGUCGCUGACUUAGAGCAAGCUAAGGUCUUCUGGAUCAAGGUUACACAAUCAACAUUUUUUGCACAUGAGCUGAAGAUGCUCAGCUCACAAUCACGUCUAGCAACUUCUCAUCCAUUCAGUCGUCUCACAGCAUUUAUUGAUCAUCAAGGAGUUGCUCGUGUGGGAGGACGACUCAAGAAUUCCACCCUCAAUUAUGAAGGCAAACACCCUGCAAUACUCCCUCGCCAUUCGAGAUUGUCUGAAUUAAUCAUCAGCUGGUCCCACCAACGGACACUACAUGGAGGAACGCAACUCACCUUGGCGCAUAUCAGGCAAUCAUAUUGGAUCAUCGGUGGACGUGCUCCAGUAAAAUCUCAUAUCUUGCGGUGUGUGGUGUGUGCUCGACAAAGGGGGAUUCGUGCCCAUCAACUGAUGGGCCAACUACCUCUGCCUCGGGUCACACCCUCACGCGCAUUCACGCAUACUGGCAUUGAUUAUGCUGGACCGCUCACACUCAAAACAUGGAAGGGAAGAGGAGCCAAAACGCAUAAAGGAUGGAUUUGUGUGUUUGUCUGUCUCACCACAUCUGCAGUUCAUUUAGAAGUUGUUUCAGACUACUCAACGGACGGAUUCAUCUCAACGUACAGAAGAUUUGUCUCAAGAAGAGGCAUCCCUCAUUCAUUGUACUCUGACUGUGGCACAAACUUUGUCGGAGCAGAGAAAUCACUCCAAACAUUGUUCACAGAGAGUUCUCAAGAUAACCGGCGCAUCUCAUCUCUGCUUGCUCAAGAUCGCACUCAAUGGAUUUUUAAUCCACCAGCUGCUCCACACAUGGGUGGCAAAUGGGAAGCAGUGGUAAAAUCACUCAAACACCACUUGCGUCGUACCAUAGGAGAGACGUUGCUCACAUUCGAAGAGACGACAACCCUGCUUGCUCAGAUUGAAGCGAUCUUGAACUCACGACCUCUCGAACCACUCAGCGACGACUCAGAUGACAUCUCAGCGCUCACCCCAGGACAUUUUCUCAUCGGAAGUGCGCUCACAUCAGUACCGGAGCCGUCACUGAAGGACUUAGCCACCUCAAGGUUAUCCCGAUGGCAAUUCAUACAACAGCGAGUACAGCAAUUUUGGUCUCAAUGGUCAGCUCAAUAUCUGCAACGACAACAAGCAAUCUCGAAGUGGCAUCACCCAUCCAACGACAUACAAGUGGGCUCAUUGGUUCUCAUCACCGACGAGAGGCUCCCGCCAUGUAAGUGGCCAUUAGCCAGAGUCUCCACCCUGAUGACAGCCAAGGAUGGACUCACCCGCGUGGUGACCCUGAAGACACCCACAACGACGCUCACCCGACCAAUCACCAAGCUGGCACCGCUGCCCAUUGCUCAUCAAGGCCAAGCUCAACAUCCGUAG